AUCAUCAUCAUUCUCCAACUCUUUCCUUCGUCUUCCUCUCCUCGCUGCCCACUUCACCCUUUACUAGCUCCAACAACAAUGACAGUCGACACGAAGGAGAUCGAUAUGGAGGCAGACCUCAACAAGGCAGAGUCCCUUCGCCAGUCGGCCCCAGAGCAAGCCGAAGCUCUGUACAGAUCAGUCCUGAGCAGGAAGGCAGUUGAUGAGGAUGAGCUCAAGGAUCAGGAGACGGCUCUGCUAAAGCUCGGCGCCCUGUUUCGUGAUACAAACAAGCCUGAAUCGCUCGCACAACUCGUUGUGGAGUCGCGGCAGUUCAUGUCCCAGAUUGCCAAGGCGAAGACAGCCAAGCUCAUUCGCGCCUUGAUCGACUUCUUUCCACCAUCCGCUCGUGAUCUUCAAAUGAAGGUAACUGGAGAGAACAUUGAGUGGGCCCGGAAGGAGAAGCGUGUCUUCUUGCGCCAGAGUCUCGAGAUCAAGCUGGUUGCCUUGCACAUCGAUGCUCAGAACUAUCGCAAGGCCCUGUCGAUGACUGAGGAUUUGCUCAAGGAGCUGAAGCAACUCGACGACAAGAUCAUUCUGACCGAGGUCUUCUUGCUGGAAUCGCGAGCAGCCCACGCCAUUCAGAAUCUUCCCAGGGCCAAGGCGGCCUUGACGUCUGCGCGUACGACUGCCAACUCCAUCUACUGCCCUCCACUCCUUCAAGCCCAGCUGGAUCUCCAGGCCGGAGCCCUCAAUGCGGAUGACAAGGACUACAAGACUGCGUACUCGUACUUCUUCGAGGCGUUCGAGGGGUUCACUCAGGUAGACGAGUCUGACCCUCGCUCGUUGAGUUCUCUCAAGUACAUGCUGCUGUGCAAGAUUAUGAUGGGAUUGCCCGAAGAUGUCACUUCACUGCUCCUGAUGAAGUCGGCGAGUCGCUACGCUGGCAAGGAUCUCGAUGCCAUGAAGGCCACCGCCCAAGCCCAGAAGGAACGAAGCCUCGAGCUGUUCAAGGCCACUCUCAAGAAGUACCAGGACCAGCUUCAAAAGGAUAACCUGAUUCGCUCCCACCUUGCGGCGCUCUACGACACCCUGCUGGAGCAGAACCUCCUCCGCGUCAUUGAGCCCUACUCAUCUGUGGAGCUCUCCUGGAUUUCCCACGAGGUCGGACAAGGUCGCGAUGUCGUGGAGCUCAAGCUGAGCCAGAUGAUCCUUGACCAGGUCUUCUUUGGUGUCCUCAACGAGAAGGCUGGUACUUUGGAGGUGUUUGACGAGCCUCAAGGAGAGGGCUUGCUGUCGGGCGCACUCGAGACGAUGAAGCAGAUGGGCAGUGUGAUCCAGGCUCUGUAUGAGAAGUACCACUCUUGGUUAACUUUUGGUCCUGCCAAGGCAGAAAGCGUUGGAAUCCCCACCUCAACCAACAUUGCGCGCAGCAUGGCACCCCUUCAGUUCCAGCCCCUGGCCUCUCAACCCACUCCAGAGUUUUGGUCAUCCUUGACCUCGCUCAAACUAGACAAGCUUCGACUGGACGACUCGGAGAUACCAAUUCAUGCUUGGCUUGACGAGGGACGCCAAAUCGUCAAUGCCAAUAGGCUCACUGGAAAGGUAUCUGGGGACGAUGUUGCCGUCGACGGAAGUGUCCUCCUGGAUGAAUCGGCUUUCACACAAACUUCCACUAGACCGUCCCCCUCUGCCACUUUACUCCGCGGUGUGUUCAAGAAUUACAACACGAUCGAGGACUUUCGGUCGCCGCAGAAGAAGAAGGAGCUCUUUGACAACACGGUGACAUCAAUCCUUCAGUCUUUCGAGACAGACGAGCCCCAGCUCGAUGGCUUUGUCCUCGUCGCCUUCGCUGAUCUUAAGAAGUACACCUAUCACUAUUGGUUUGCUUUCCCGGUGCUAGUCUCGAAACCGGCCUGGCAGGUGGAGGGCAGCUUUGAUCUUCUGUCGGACGACGAUACACGGCAGUUUCGGCGCGGCAUCGGAAGCUCAAGCGUGGUGAUUGCCAAAGGUCCCCCAGGUCAUCGCGAAUUUACUACCGUUUCGAGAGCCAAAGAGUUCUUUGGUGACGCAGAUGACGAGGAGCGGUUUGUCAUCUUCCGCGAUUCCUCAGCUCAAUCCGAACACCCUGGCUGGUACCUCCGAAAUGUUCUCUACUACCUACAAGCUCAUCAAGGUGUCACUCGGGUCAAUGUCGUCUGCCUCCGCCAAGGCCCAGCAAGUAGGGUUGGUAAACUCUUCACCGAAACCUUUAUGGCUCCAAACAUUCGUCCACAGGCGGUUGGCUGGGAGCGUGACGCAACUGGCAGGCUUGCGAGUCGAGUCGCCAAUCUUGGGCCAAUGAUGGACCCAACGAGGCUAGCGGAACAGGCAGUCGAUUUGAACCUCAAGCUCAUGAGGUGGCGUAUUCUCCCCAGCCUGGACCUUGAAAAGGUUGCCUCUACCAAAUGUCUUCUGCUUGGUGCGGGCACACUUGGAUGCUACGUAGCCCGUGUCCUCAUGGGCUGGGGUGUCCGAAACAUCACCUUUGUCGACUCUGCCCGCGUGUCAUACUCGAACCCGGUACGGCAGCCUCUGUUCCAGUUUGAGGACUGUCUCGAGGGGGGCAAGCCGAAAGCGCAGUGUGCGGCCGACCGACUUCGACAAAUCUUUCCUGCCAUCAAUGCCACUGCCCAUGAGUUCAUGAUCCCGAUGCCCGGACAUCCGGUUGCCGCCGAUGGUGACGAGGCAACUGCGGCCAAUGUCGCAAAGCUGACACAGCUUGUCGAUGAGCAUGACGCCAUCUUCCUCCUCAUGGAUUCUCGUGAAUCCAGGUGGCUGCCUACUCUGCUAGCGGCGAGUUCUGGAAAGAUUGUUGUCAACGCUGCACUGGGGUUUGACAGCUACCUUGUCAUGAGGCAUGGUACCUCCCCACUCGGCCAAGCUUCGCAGCGCUUGGGAUGCUACUUCUGCAACGACAUUGUUGCUCCAACGGAUUCACUCACCGACAGGACAUUGGAUCAAAUGUGCACUGUCACGCGACCUGGCAUUGCUCCAAUUGCGGCUGCGGCCGCGGUAGAGCUGUUGGUUUCCACAGUUCAGCACCCAUUGGGGGUAUCUGCCCCAGCAGAGCGCUCCUCCUCUGAUGGCAGGGUCACCGCCUCGCCACUGGGACCUGUCCCUCAUCAGAUUCGUGGCAUGUUGAGCCAAUGGAACACGGUGCUUGUCGAAGGCUCCGCGUAUGAUCGCUGUACCGCCUGCAGUGCCACAGUGGUGAAGGCGUAUCAAGAGCAAGGAUUCUCAUUCCUUCGUCGGGCUUUCAAUGAAACCGGGUUCCUUGAAAGUGUUACUGGGCUGGAUAAACUUUACGCUGAGAGUGAAGCCAUUCUGGACAGCGUGGAUUGGGAGGAGGACAGCGAUGAAGGGCUGUAGGCAAUAUUUUGGGUUGGGCCCGAGACUCAUAUUGUGCUUAUAGUUUCUACACCGUUCGGCCAGUACGCAAGCCAGCGACGAGCCAUGCCAGUC